CGCCAUUCUCUGCAGUCUGCAGUGGAUAUGGCGUCACUGAAAAGUGUAGGAGUCGAGAAACUUCACCCAUGUAAAUAACGUCAAUUAGAAAGCUGAGGGUAGCAAUACACAGUACAUAGCUCUAUAUAUUAAACAACGCAUUUUUAAGUAUGCCCCGGAAAAAGCCAUUUAGCAACAAACAGAAGAAGAAACAGCUACAAGUCAAACGGGAGAGGAAGAGAGGUGACACAGGUUCUGGGCCCAGCAGCCGCAAUGCCAGUGUGGAGCGAGGAGGAGAGCGACAGUCGGACACGUCAGACAGUGAGACUACUGAUAUUAGGAGAUUAAAUCAGCAGCCCUUCAACAGAGAAGGUAGAUAUGACCCCAACAGGUUCCGACUGCACUUUGAGAAAGAGAGUAAAGAAGAGGUGGAAAAGAGGAAGAAGCUGGCCAGGGAGAAGGUCCUGCAGCACGUCUCGGACAAGGAACUUGAGAUCAACAUCAAUGACAUCUACCCCUCAGAGAAAGGUCUUGGUUUCCCACGACGGCCGUCCUGGAAUUAUGAGAUGACACGAGAGAGCCUGUUGAGGAAAGAGGAGAAGUCGUACAGAGAUUACCUGGAUGACCUGAGCUCCAGAAACCCACCUGGGUCUCUCAGCCACUUUGAACACAAUCUAGAGACAUGGAGGCAGCUAUGGAGAGUGCUGGAGAUGUCAGACAUCAUCCUGCUCAUCGUGGACAUCAGGCACCCGGUGCUGCAGUUCCCUCCAGCCCUAUACCACUACAUCACAGGAGAUCUGCAGAAGCAGGUGGUCCUGGUGUUAAACAAGGCCGACCUGUGUCCUCCCCCACUGGUGAUUGCCUGGAAACACUACAUGACCUCCCAGUUCCCGCACCUGCAGAUAGUGUGCUUCACCUCUCACCCUGGACAGCCCUACAGCACACUGCUCCAGAAGAAGAGGAUGAGGAAGAAGGCUGGCUGGAGUCAAGCUGGAGGUCCUCUUGAGAUCCUGAAGGCAUGCCAAGAGAUCACAGCAGGCAGAGUUGACCUAUCCAGCUGGGAGCAGAAGAUUCAGAGAGAUGCUGUUGCUGAGCAACUAGAUGGUGAUCGUCCAGAUGAUGGAGCCGAGUCAGUGCUGAUUGAGCAUCAAAGUGACAGUGCUAUGGAGAUGAGCAGCCCAUCCCAGGAGCUUUACAAAGAUGGGGUUCUCACACUGGGCUGCAUAGGUUUUCCUAAUGUUGGCAAGUCAUCUGUUAUUAACAGCCUGGUGGGCAGGAAGGUGGUUAGUGUAUCUCGGACCCCAGGCCACACCAAAUACUUCCAGACCUACUACCUCACCCAGACAGUGAAACUCUGCGACUGCCCCGGACUGGUUUUCCCCUCCCGUGUCGACAAACAGCUGCAGAUUCUGGCAGGCAUCUACCCCGUGUCUCAGCUGCAGGAGCCUUACAGCUCAGUUGGUUAUCUGUGCGAAAGAACGCCUUUCCUCUCUGUGCUGAAGCUCAAACAUCCCAGUUUGCAGGAUGGCAAUCCGCACCUAGGAAACCAGGGAUCUGAAGAGCUCAGCUGGACUGCCUGGGAUGUGUGUGAGGCAUGGGCAGAGAGGAGAGGCUAUAAGACAGCAAAAGCAGCUCGUAACGAUGUUUACCGUGCAGCUAACAGUCUCCUGAGGUUGGCAAUUGAUGGCAGAUUGUGCCUCUGCCUGAGACCAACUGGCUACAGCUGCCUGAGAGAGCAUUGGGAAAAUCACCCAGACUUGCCGGAGAUCAUGGCUCUUCAAGGAAGGAUGACAGAGGAGGAAGGAGCAGGAGAGAGGGACGAUGACGACGACGGGGAGUCCAGCACCGAGCCCGAGGAAGAGAGAGACCGGGAUGCAGACGACGAUGAGGAUGGAGAUGAUGAAGAUGAGGGGUUUGGACGUCCCAGCCGGAAGGACGACAAGCCAUCUGGCUUUACUGUCAACAUGUACAAUGUCCUUCGGGAAAAUGAGUGCGAGUGAUAACCGGGGGGAAAGAGGAGCAGGAAUACAUGAGCUGUUCCUUUCCCCUGACUUUGCCCUGAUUACCCCAGUGCACUUUUCAUUCCCUUUUUUUCCUAGAUCUGCAUUCCUUCUCAUUUAUUCUCGCUCCUCCACUCCUCAUGACAUGACAUGACAUGACAUGAUCCCUUCCAAGUCAUUGAGCCCAUUUCCUUCUCCCUAUUAUAUACAGAGCAUAUUCAUGUAUUCCAUGCUGUGCCUCUGCUCUGCUUGUUCAUCCAUGAAGCUUAUUCUUUAGUGUUGCUUCCAGGAACGGGUUUGGUUUGAUUUGAUUUAAUCUCCCUCGCUCCCCCUUUUUUUGCAUGCAGUUGAACAAAAUAACUUCCCUGAGCCUGGAAUAAUCAACUGGUACUCAAUAUCUUUAUUGAUAAGUGACUUCGCAGCUGUGAUGCCAAAGUUCAGGAAAGAAUGAUGAAACAAAUCAGAAGCACUGUCAAUAUGAUGUCAUUCACUGGAGCCACCCUUUAGCUCUCAGAGCAGCUGAAGAUUUAAGAAUGUGGCUCUAAAUCUUCUUUAUAGACCAUCAAUUCUCACAACUUUUCCUAAAGGGUGUGGGAUGUUAUAUAAGAUAUAUUAAACCAUUAAAGUAGAAUGAAUCAAACCAGUAUUUUACACACAGUUUUGCCGUUAGCAGAAUUGCAGCUCUGUUGGAGGUUCAUUUAUCUAAACUGGGGUUUUGACUUGAGUUAUAAUGUAUCUGAGAGUUAUAUUUUUUUGGUGUGAUUCUACACAGUCAGCAGGAAAUUAAAUAUAAAAUGGGGAGGGAAGGGUAAUUGAACCCUUUAUUGCUGGACAAGGCUGUUUCAGGAAUUUAACCUGUAGUGUUUUAACUACUACAAAACUGAUCCCUCAAUACAGAUGGAGAUCAACAAUAUUUAGUGCAGGAUUUUGACUACACUAGUUAAGCAAGUUUAUAUGCUAAAAGAUGAGUAGGUUUAAGCCAACAGAGACGGCUUAAAAAUCUGUCACAGGAAUAGUUCAACAUUUUGGAAAGUACAGUACAAUUAUUUGCUUCCUUUCUGAAAGUUGUGAUGAGAAGAUGGACGCCACAGUGUCAUCUAUGGUAAAUAUUAUGCUGGAGUGUAGCAUGAAGAGUAGGAGAGACAAGACGAAACAGCUAGCCUGUAUCUGUACAACGGCAACACAAACAUGAAGAUGAAUAAUUACAACAUUGUAUCCCGUAUCCAGUUUUAGUAUUUUUGGAGUCUAAAUGACCAAUGACUUUAAAACUUUGAUUUGAUAUAACGUCAAAACAAAAAAAGUCAACCAACAGCACAAAAAACUUACCAAUGCAGGCAGUGGGAGUUCAGCAACUACUGAGUUCUGCAAGGUCAAAUAACUGUAUUUUUCAAUGCUGUCUGGUGGCUUUGAAGAGAAUGAAAAAUUAGAACCUAUUGGCAGCAAAACACCUAAAGUGGAUGUCCUUCGAUGGCUUUGGUUGGCCCAUUGUUUUACAUUGUUGCCUUUACAGCUCGUUCAGGCAAUUUACUGGACCAGUUCCAAAACCUUUUGUACCUUUUAGUCUUUUAGACACCAAAAUAUGCAAAAACAGAGCCCAUCUUUAAAAGAUCUCUUGCUUACGUGAGUUUUAAAGGUUCAUGCUGUUGGACAGAACCAAGUUAGCUCUUCUCCUCUUUCCAAUCUUUAUGCUAAGCUUAAGCUAACCACCAGCUGGCUGAAUCCUCAUAUUUUCUGUACACUGAUCUCUGAAGUGUAUUCGCCAAAUGUCGAAUUAUUCCUUUAACCACACAGAAAGAGAGACUGGCCAUCUUGGCUUCCAUCUGUCCAUCAUUAUAAAUAACAUUACACACUCCAUCUGUCCUCUGAUGCUGGUUUUAUGACACUUCACUCAAUCUCAAGGUCAGAUCAUGCAAAGCUGUUAGGACUCGGCUGCAGACAAUUCUUAACAUUUGUGACCGCCAUGUUUUCAUCAAACAGUCUGUUGAACAACAACAACUGACAUUUCAUCUCUUUCUGGCCUCUCUCUCUUUCUCUGUGAUGUGCGAAGGCCCCGCUCCAAUCCUGAGUGCUGUAUUAUUGCGUGCUGUAGUCUGACCUCAUCCAUGUGUUCACUGAGGGAGCUCUACAGCAGAGUGCUGUGUUACUGUGUAAUACAUCACACUGCAGCCACAUGCAGUCAUUUCUACCACCGGUACAGUUAAAAGCAGUUACACAACACUACCAUGCUGUUAGACAUGCAACAGACUUUUAGUUGUGUUGAUGUGGAAUUAUGUUUUAGUUGUUUUUUGGAAGUUUGAAAACUGUCAGCGUCUGGAGAGUAGCGUGAAGGCUUGAGGUGUGUGAAGGCUAUUUGCUGCAUUCCUCAUUUCAUUCCUAGUAUGCCUACUGAUGACUGGACUGCUUUCUGCAAUAAAAGAAUAAUUAAUCCUCUAAACCGUA